AUGUGCAGAGGCUGCUGGACUUGUCCCCCUGAAUCCACAGUGUAUCGAAUUGACGAUGAAAAUCAAUGUUGCUUGAAUGACUUCUCAACUAUCACAGAGGAAGAGAAACAAUCUAUGCAUUUACAAAAAUAUCAAAGCAAAAUGGAAAAUCUUGAACAUUUGAAAGGUUUUCAAGCAGGAGCAAUAGCAGAAUUCAAAGCAUCCAACACUGAUCACACCUUAAAUGUACAAGAAUUCUAUAAUUCCAAACCAUUAGAAGUUCAGACUCAAUCAUUCAGGGAUCAAAACCAGCUGUACAGUAACAUAUUAAAGCAGCCAUGGUUACCGACACGGUACUUAUCAGAAGAAAAUACUCAUUGCUUGAAGGAUAUGGACAGGCUGGAGGAAGAGAAAAAUAUAAUCCAGCUACAAUUGACCCAAGCUGAAGAAGACGGGAAAUACUACAUCAAAGAGAUGGACAAAGUGAUUAAUAAAUGUGAAGAAUUCCUCAAUCAACGAAAACAUAUUGAGGAUGAGAGGAACCUUCUCCGGGCAGAGCGACAAUUGCUGAUGAAAACAUUACAUGAAAGAGAAAUCGAAAAAGACUUGUUGGCAAAUAACAAUGACAAAGAUAGGACAACAGAACUUCUGAAAACUACGCGGCAACAUUUACUGUCGCACAUCGAAGACAAACAGCAGCUGCAGUUAAAAUUAGGGCGUGCAUUAAUGGAAAAUAUUCUACUAAAAGAGCAAUUAACACAGACCCAAAGCCAGACGAAGGGAAUGCAAAUGAACGACUCUGAUCAAAAAGAAUUCUGUCUGGAGCUUGCAAGUUUUAACAACCACACAUUAAAUCUAGAAUCUGUGGCUCAGAAAACAUUAAAUUUCUCAAGAGUCUCCUAUAGUGACCAGUAUAAAUCCAACAGCAGCAAUGAGCAGCUUCUUUGUGAAAUAAAAGAUCUAAGAGCAAAAAAUAUGAUGCUGUGGUCUAGUUAUUGUGAAAAAGAACAGCAAUAUCAACACAAGGUGAAACAGGUCAAUGAUCUUAAGCAUGAAAAUAACUUGCUCAAAGUUGAACUGGGGGAACAGCUUAAAACUACUCUGCAGUUACAGGACAGAAUUAGAAUACUCAAUGAAGAAGCAUUAUUGCGAGAAAGUUCUAUAGCAACCCUGGAGCAUCAAAUCAGAGCUUUCAAAUAUAAAUUGUGCAAUCUACAGGAGAAGUUUCACUUUUACAGUGAACAUAUUGGUAAGAAUUAAUUAAAAAGGGUUAUUUUACCCCAGAAGUAUUUUUUUAAGAAGACUAUCAUAACAAGUUGAAUGUACAAAUUAAAUAACCUGGUAUAGGUUUUUCAUUCCAGCAAACCAUGACCCUGCCCUUGUAGCUAUUGUAAAAGUCACUCAGUGACAGGUUACUGGGCCUAGACAGUAAGUAGUUAAAAUUAGCCAUGUACUCUAUCAAUCCCUACUUUUGGGCAGCAGGACACAGCAAAUAGUGGAAAUUAGCUAUGUACUCAAAUGACCACUACUCUUGGGUAGCAGGACAUUCUAGGUCUAGGCAUUAUAAUCAUUUCAUCUCAUUGAAUUGGUUAAAGUAUCUGGUGUUAUCCCUCCCUCCAUUCAGUGUUAAACUAUAAAGCAGGUGCUCUAGAAAGGCACAAUAAUCAAAUAUAAUAGCGAAAAACAUUGCCCCAAGCACUAAGCUCUGCCCAGAAGGUCACACAAAUGUGAUCACAGUUCACGAGAAGCAAAUCCACAAAUGCAGGUGAGGGCACUCCUGGCUGUAGGAUAGCAAGUUUCGAUAUAAAGUUGCGAGAUCGGCGGCUUCUCCACUCCAUCAGCGUGGGAUAGGUCUCAAGAUCAGGAGUUUUACUGCUCUGCAAGUUGUUUCAGACCAGUCCUAAUAUGGUGCACUAGACGGUAAGAACAGUCUUGCAACAGCUUAAUACCUUCUGGUAGCCGGAUUAAUAGCUUUAAAUACUGAAAUUUAGCUUGGUUAAGCAAGAGCUACAGAGGGACACGUCCACCCACCUUGGAUGACAGGUCCCGUCCCCCUCAUGCUUUUCAUUUCAAUGUAAAUGAAUUUUAAAAUAACUGGCUAAAAAUACAGAUGUUCUCAAAAACCGAAGAAAUAACUGGUGUAAGGCAAAUUUGUAGUUUGUGUACACUUCUGAUUUUGAUAUGUUCAUUAAAACAAGAAAUAUACAAACCUGAGCUACAGAAAUGAAUGUGUGUGUCUACGUUUAAAAUAGCCACAUUGAAGUUUUGUUUAUAUAGGAUUUCCAACUUUUUAAUUCUGCAAUUCUCUUCCAGGUAACAAAAAGAUUAUUGAAAUUCAGAAGAUGCUAAAAGAAGAAAGGUUAAAGAGCUAUGCCAUCUAUAAACACGGAGUAAGUGGCCAUAUUUCUGUCAACUAUUCCAGCUCUCUAGCGGCAUUGCAAACUUGUACCGAAAACAAUGGAGAACAUUCAGAAGUAAAAUCCAUAUCACCUGAAAGAAUUAUGUCAUCUUCGUGA